AUGAGAAACCUGUUAUCAGGCGUCACUCGAGUGGCUCUCCCAGUCCAAGCUGAGAUGAUUUUCGGCCGCCUCGCAUGCCCAACCGCUGACGACUUCAAGGCCCGCCCUCUCUACGUUUGGUACGACUACCUUUGCUGUCCGCAGGGCGUGUCUUCGACUGCUGCGCGACAGCGCCAUUCCGCCAUUCGCAGCAUUCCUUCCUACGUCUCCAAGUGUGAGUACUUCGUCAUCCUUUGCCCAACCGUCGAACGUGCGGACAAGAGCGAGAUGCUUGAUCUUGCGACCUGGGCAGCUCGAGGAUGGUGCCGAACUGAACGGCAUGCGCGGGAGCUCUCGGCGAGGAAGGGGGGAUACACCAUCGUCGUGGAGUGUUCGAAGCAACAGGCAUUGUACUUAGACAUUUCAGGUUUUCUGGAUGCGCCCGGGCAUGGAAGCUGGAGCCGCGAGUCUGAUAAAGCCGCAGUUGGGAGUGCUCUUAUGCAAAUGGUGUGGAACAAGCUGUUGUUCUUCUUGGAGCGCCGCGAUUUUCAUGGCUACAGGUUCUUACUGAACCGGCAGGGGGCAUGCAUUUUCAACGGCCUUCCUGUGGAGCCUGUUGAUGGCUUGAUUCCCGGCUUCGUGACAGUGCUCGAUCCUUUUGAGGACGCUGCAGCUUUUGCCGUGGAAUGGUUCUUGCAUCAAAAUGGCUUCCGAACAGUUCUGGAACGGGACUCAGCGGGUUGGACCCCCCUGUGCUAUGCCGCCAUCAGAGGCGACGUCGCCCUUGUCCAAGGGCUUUUGCAGAGGAGGGCAGAUCCCAAUGAUCAGGUGACAAAGGCGACGGGCUCUAUCCUCCCUGGGCGUGUGCCGGUGCUCGCGCUGGCAGCUCAUUUGCACCACAACCAGGUUAUGGAGACCUUGAUUGCUGCCCGAGCCAGCGUGCAUCGUGCUGACACGAUUCGGGCGACCCCCGCGCACUGGGCCAGCCUUGGCAACAACGCCGACGGCCUGCGCCUGCUCUGCGAUGCGAACGCCGACCUGCUGAAGCAAAACGUCCUGGGAAUGCGCGUCUUCGAUACGGCUUGCUGCAAAGCAGCUGUCGAAACCAUGGCAAAGAUGCUAGCCGAGAACCCAGAGACGAGCAUACGAUUCGGCCUUCACUUUGCUGUGAUGUUCCAUGGUGGCCACGAGAAGCCGAUUCAUUGGCUUAUCCAGGCGAAAGCCGACCUGGAGGAGCGUUUCGAAGUUCAGAAGACACAGCAGCCUGAGUGGUGGGUCCUGAUCCAGAUGUCCAGCUUAAG